AGCGGAAGUCGCGUAGACUUCAUUCAUCACGCCAAAACCAGCAGCGCUGCGUGCUAAAGCUAGCCUGGAGAAGUGAAGCAGUCCUCAGUAAAAUGUCUCACCCAACACCGACCGACAGACCAUCUAACCCCGAGAACCCCCGCGUCUUCUUCGAUGUUGACAUUGGAGGAGAAAGAGCCGGCAGGAUCGUCCUGGAGCUGUUUGCAGACGUGACUCCCAGGACGGCAGCAAACUUCCUGGCGCUCUGCACCGGAGAGAAAGGCAUCGGCUCAUCCACCGGGAAACCUCUGCACUUCAAAGGAUGCCCCUUCCACAGAAUCAUUAAGAAAUUCAUGAUCCAAGGAGGAGACUUUUCAAACCACAACGGCACCGGCGGGGAAAGUAUCUACGGAGACAAGUUUGAGGAUGAAAACUUCCAUUACAAGCACGACAAAGUGGGUCUACUGAGCAUGGCCAACGCGGGGCCCAACACCAACGGCUCCCAGUUCUUCAUCACUACGGUGGCCACGCCGCACCUGGAUGGAAAACACGUGGUGUUCGGACAGGUGCUGAAGGGAAUGGGAGUGGUUAAAACGCUGGAAGCUGUUGAGACCGAGGAAGAUGCUCCCGUCAAGCCUUGUGUCAUCGCUGACUGUGGGGAGCACAAGGACGGCGACAGCUGGGGCGCCCCAGCGGGCGACGGCACGGGAGACGCCCACCCAGACUUCCCCGAGGACUCGGACGUGGACUUUAAAGACGUUGACAAAGUUCUGUCAGUUGCUGAAGACGUGAAGAAUAUUGGAAACAGCCUUUUUAAGAACCAGGACUGGAAAGCUGCAGUCAACAAAUAUAGUAAAGCCCUUAGGUACCUGGAGGUGGGAGGAGAUCACCUGGACAAGGAGAGCCAGAAGCUGGAAGCCACGAUGCUCAGCUGCCACCUGAAUACGGCUGCUUGUAAACUGAAGAUGCAGCUGUGGCAGGAAGCUGUGGACAGCUGCAAUGAGGCUCUGGAGCUGAACCAGUCCAACCCCAAGGCUCUCUUCCGGCGGGCCCAGGCCUGGCAGGGGUUGAAGGAGAACGGCAAAGCCAUGGCGGAUCUGAAGAAAGCUCAGGAAGUCGCUCCCGAAGACAAAGCCAUCACCAACGAGAUGAAGAAAGUCCACCUGAAGAUCCAGGAGGAGAAGGAGAGGGAGAAGAAAAUCUACGCCAAAAUGUUUGCGUGAAUCUCGGGGUCGGGGCUCAAACCCUGCAGCUUCUCUGAACUCGGCCGCUGGAGUCCCACGAGCGCGAGCCGGGAUCACCUGGGGACGCACCUGUGCACGGCGGCGCUGUGCUGAGACCCGGCUGCAUGCAACUGGAACACGUUUGGGUUUGUCUGAUGCUCAACACUGGCCUGUUUCUGGAGUUUGAUGUUUAGGAAAGUUCAUGUUUUAUUUAUGCGUCUCACUGAGGUCAAUAAACCAAAAGAAACAUCAA